CCGAGUUUGGUCGCCUGGUAGAUCAACUCCACAUUAUCCGACAUUAUCCCACUCACUUAAUAAGCCAAAUGGAAAAUAAAAAAAUAAUAAUCGUACUAUCCGUAUGUCUAUCAUACGCUUUGGGUUACAAUUAUAAUUUAAAUUACUAUCCUUACUUUCCAAAUAAUAAUUUCUGCAAUGAUUUGUCCCCUUAUUACGGAAAUAUAAGUUUGGAUUUUAUUUCCGGAGUUUGGUAUGGUGUCGAAAAAAUACCUCAUAAUAAAGGUGAAUACAAAAUAGACUACACUAAAGAGUGUUUCUACAUUGAUAUAAAGGAGGAGAAUGUACAGCCGACUCCUCCCACGUACCCGCCGCUGGCGUACCCGUACCUCAGCACGAGUUACGGGUUCAACCAGCCGGAGCCCUACCGCAUGCGGUACUUCGUCGUCGAAUGGCACGAGGGCCUGUUCCGCAGCGACUACCAUGUCAAAGUCAACACUUCGCACAUGGGCUUCUGGAUAUCGAAUGUACCCAGCACAGCCGUAGAAAACAUGUACCGUUAUUUCGGCGGAGUAAUUCAGGUGCUAAAGGUGGCUAAUAACCACUUGGUGCUGAACUUCUGCAAGACGAUGCCCUAUCGAGAGUUCUACAGCGUCGUGUUCUCGAGGAACGAGAACCAGCUCACGCCCGAGGACCUGUCCAGCAUCCACAGCAUCUUCACCACCAAACAUCUGUCCACUUCGGCCUUGAAGCGAGUAUGCGACAACUCAGGGACGAUGAUUCAAUUCUCGGUGGUUAUGUUACUAUUUACCAGUUUGUUAAUAUGGAGGUCUGAUGCAUAGAUAAUGCCACUAUAUGUACCUACUAUUAUUGUCGUUGUACAGUCUGAGUCCAAGAAUUUAUAUGAAGCAUUUUGUAUAUCCCAUGUAUUUUUUUAUACCUAUCUAUUUUACAUAUUCAUUGCGGCCAUUGCAAUAGUCUUUUUGACAAAACAGUCAGAUUGUGGCAGACUGUAUGUUCGUUGGUUUAAGGAAAAGCUCUUAAUGUAAGUACUAGUAAGUAGGUACUACUUUGCUCCAAUAAUUGCUCUAGUUGAUGGAAAAUAUGAAUAUUAAUAAACAGUUUUGAAACUCCAGUUGGUAUGUAUAAGUACUUACAUACUACAAAAACAUUUUUAGGUAAUGUAAAUUAUUCAUAUAUUUUGCGAUUA